CAGAUAACUGAAUAAUCGCAUAUGCGCAACCCCUGUGCGCAUACUGACGGGCUUGAACACAACCGGAGUGCACGCAAUAAGCGACGAGCAGCGCUCCGUUAUGUGCAGAACCGAGCAAGAAGAGAAAGCAAGUGCCGUAUGUGAGGCUGUGCAGAUGAGAGUAUUCACGCUAUUCAGGGAUUUAAUUUAGUAUAUUGAGUGCGUCUAUGCCAUAUAAACCACACACACACCUAUAUUAUAAAGUCAACUGAAAGAUUGUUUGCCCAUGCCUACUUCAACUGUUCAUUAAAAACCCUCAAUUCAGCAAUUGGUCUGGUUCCUGUGUCCUGACCAACACCCGGGAGUGAUUACCACACAAAUACGACCCGGCAUUAGAACUUAAAUACAGUCCUUCUAAGCCUCACUAACAAUAGGUCCUUCGAGCCGGAUACGUGUAAUUUUCUCUUAAGAAGAUGGAUGAUAGAUCCUCGACCAGACCUAAACGUCAGACCCUUCCUCCACGUCAUUAUGAUGAGUAUGAAAUGGGUUUUGUGCUGCCACAAAGACAGUUAUCUGAAUCAACAAUCAGUAGCCCGUUCAAGAAUUGCACCUAAACGACUGCACUCAAUGCCCAGACUGGAGCUCUGUGCUGCCCUCACAGGAGCCCAACUUAGUAGAUUGCUAGAACGAGAGCUUACCCUGCCAAUCAGCCAAACUACUUUCUGGACCGACUCAACCACGGUCUUGUCCUGGUUACACUCGGAGUCCUGUCGAUUUAAGGUUUUCGUUGGCACUCGAGUGGCAGAAAUUCAGGAGCUUACUGAUCGACUUUCAUGGCGAUAUGUUGACUCAGCGAAAAAUCCUGCGGAUGACCUCACCAGAGGUAAAAAGCUAGAAGAACUGGCUGAGCCUAACCAGUGGAGCCACGGGCCACCCUUUCUUCUUCAAAGCCCAGACAAAUGGCCGACCCCACCAACAACAGUAGUGGACGAGUGUCACACAGAACUUCGCAAGUCUAUAUUCUGUGGAGUCAAUACGACCAUACCUGACAAGAAUCCCUACCUACCAGAUGUGCAUCAGUACACCACUUGGAGGGAACUUGUAGAUGCAACCGUACAGAAGCUUCAAGGGGCGGCAGGUAACAGCAGAGCUCUUAGCGCUGAUGACUACCGUACAGCCGAGAUUCUUAUCCUGAGACGGGCACAACAGGAUAGCUUCACAGAGGAGUUCAGCCUACUGCAGAAUGGGAAACCAGUCCAAAGAAAUAGCCGUCUACUUGCGCUGUCUCUAGAGCUGGACAAGACAGAUGAACUCAUUAAGGUUGGUGGCAGAUUGCGACGAUCUGAAGACUUAGACCCAGCCGCUGUGCAUCCCAUCAUCCUGGAUCACCGCCAUCCCACCACUAAGCUUCUAAUCCAAGACUACGAUUCUCGACUCAGCCACCCUGGCCCGGAGAGAGUGUUUGCGGAGAUCCGCCGCAAGUUUUGGAUCUUACGAGGUCGAGAAGCCAUUCGACGAUAUCAGCAUACCUGCACAGACUGUCGACGAUGGAAAUCAAGCCCUCAAGUUCCAAAGAUGGCAGACUUACCUAUAGCACGCCUACGCCUUUAUAAGCCAGCAUUUUACUCGACGGGGAUGGACUGUUUCGGGCCCUUUGUAGUCAAGGUGGGCAGGCGCACCGAGAAGAGGUGGGGAAUCAUAUUUAAAUGCCUUACAACCAGAUGUGUACAUCUAGAGAUCCUCACCAAUAUGAAUUCCGACUCUUUCUUGAUGGCCUUGAGGAGGUUCAUCGCCAGAAGAGGGACACCAGCUGAGUUAUUCUCCGACCAGGGAACAAAUUUCCGAGGAGGAGAAAGAGAGAUGCGAGAGGCACUUACUGAACUGUCCCCAGAACUCCAACUCCAGCUUGCCAAACAUAAGAUACAGUUUCACUUCAACCCACCUGGCGCACCCCACUUCGGCGGAACGUGGGAAAGGGAAAUUCGCUCUGUGAAAACUGCCCUUUACAGAGUAGUAGGAAGUCAAACUGUCACUGAGGAAGUGCUCCAUACUGUUCUCCUGGAAGUAGAAGGCAUGUUGAAUGCUAAACCAUUGGGAUAUGUGUCCUCGGUCCCUAAGGACCUUGAUCCGGUGACUCCAAAUGUUUUAUUGAUGGGGCGGCGGGACGGAUCCUUGCCUCAAGUAGUGUACCCCAAAUCCGAACUCCUGAGCAGACGCCGAUGGAGACAUUCCCAGGUUCUGGCUGACCAGUUCUGGUCUAGUUUCAUUAAGAACUAUCUCCCAAGCCUACAGUCCCGCCAGAAAUGGUAUUCCACCUCGACAGAUAUAAACCUAGGAUCUGUAGUAUUGAUGGUGGACCCUCAACUGCCGAGAGCGUACUGGCCCAUCGGACGUGUCACCAAAGUUUACCCCAGUGCUGAUGGACACGUAAGGACGGUAGACGUAAAGAUCAACGACAGAACCUACACUAGACCUGUAGCAAGGCUGAUUGUUCUCUCAGGUAUUCAAGAAGAUGAGAACAGUUCCCAAGUACUGAACUAAACACUUAUUCAGUAACAAAUGUGCUUCACACAUUCGGGGGCGGCUGUAAGAAAGGCCGCGCAGAUAACUGAAUAAUCGCAUAUGCGCAACCCCUGUGCGCAUACUGACGGGCUUGAACACAACCGGAGUGCACGCAAUAAGCGACGAGCAGCGCUCCGUUAUGUGCAGAACCGAGCAAGAAGAGAAAGCAAGUGCCGUAUGUGAGGCUGUGCAGAUGAGAGUAUUCACGCUAUUCAGGGAUUUAAUUUAGUAUAUUGAGUGCGUCUAUGCCAUAUAAACCACACACACACCUAUAUUAUAAAGUCAACUGAAAGAUUGUUUGCCCAUGCCUACUUCAACUGUUCAUUAAAAACCCUCAAUUCAGCAAUUGGUCUGGUUCCUGUGUCCUGACCAACACCCGGGAGUGAUUACCACACAAAUACGACCCGGCAUUAGAACUUAAAUACAGUCCUUCUUAGCCUCACUAACAACGCCCCUGGACUGAGAGAAAGAUCUGGCGGUUAAUCCUGAGGAGAUUUCGGCGGGCACAGUUCUGAAGAGGAAUACUUCAGCUGCAAAAAGGUAAGUUAAGUUAUUUAAUGAUCAAUCUAGUGUUGUUUGAUGUUUAAAUGCCACAAAAAGUAUAGUUUUUAGAUGGUUUCUGUUAGGUUUGCGAUGAUAACAGCGUUAAAAACCGUUCGGUCCCGGAUAUAUUGAGUGUUGAUGAGUAACGGCCUAACUGUCAGGCGCGGUCUCUUUAGGAAAACAAUAUGUAAAUUUUUUUAAUAUGAAAAACCGAUGAGCUGUAUCCAGUGCACGAUAAUGUUAGGUAAUUAAAUUUUAAUGAGUUAAAUUCUAUUUUGAUUGCUAGAAUUCAUUCGAUUCGUCUUUUUCAACGAGUGAUUGCUAUUGAAUUAAAGGAGUCGGACUGCGCUGGUGGCGCCAUAAACAUCUAUACGAGUGACUCUCUGAUUCGAUUCACUUAACCAUUCAAAUGAGUCAUUUGUUUGUGAAUCAAACUGAGCACGCUGUUGUAGCAUUACACCUGAUAAGACAAUUCAAUAUGUGCAAUCUGAAUUUAAUAAUAAUAUUUAUUUUGUGGUAACACUGCCGUGUGGGAAGCUCUGACAGAGAAAAACACUAUAGAUACGUAAGAGAGAGACGUAAAAUGUAAGUGCAUCAUCUUUUGUUCUUGAAUGGAGGCCUAAUCUGUCUGCUGCACUUGAGCAGGUUCAGUUUUUAGAGUGAAUGAAAACUUUUGAAGCAUAGAUAUGCCAUAUGAUGUGAUUUAAAAUCAUACUUAUUUUACUCUGGUGGGGAUUAUUAUGAGCUAACAAACUUAAAAGUUUAAUCUGAACACUAUAUAUAUAUAUAUAUAUAUGUAAUCUGACAUUUAUUUAUUUUUUACAGAAAUUCUGAGCUGCUGCAUGAACAUUCAUCAAACAUAUAAGUUGCGAAUUCUGGGUCUGGUCCUAAUGAUUGUAAAAAGCUGUAAUGCUUAAGAUUAAAUAAUUACCUUACAAUAUAUAUUUGUACAUAUUUCAAGGCUGCAAUUUGGAAAAAACUUUCAAUGAAAUGGAGGUCAAGGGGACUAUGAAGAGGUGGCUCCAGCUGAUCAAAAGGGCGGACUUCAGGAGGCAGACACACUGUUACAGUAAUCAGCUGAUCCAGUCGGUAUCCAGACCAGACGGUGGACCUGCACCCAGGAGCGACCACAACACAUCCCUGACUGUCAGCGGAGACCAUGUCAGCUAGAUGACAGAUCCUCUGUGAAGACCUCAUUGAUGGCCCCAGCACAGAUCCUCAGCAAAGACUACGAGAACCAGACAAGCCCUCUGCGCAGACCCUUUUUACCAGCUUCACCUGCUAGUGUGAUAUUACUUCAUGCAGAAGAAGUUGGAUGAAAUAUUCUGAAUGAUAUCAAUCCACAAUCUGACUUGUGAUGCAGCCUGGAAUAAUCACACCACAUUCAUUCGUUUGGCCAGACGAGAACUGGUUUCCUGACUGAGCCGGGUCUUGUUUGGGUUUGGGUUCCUUGUCACUGUUGCCUUUUGUCUUGCUUGGUUGAAGACACCUAAUAUUCAGCAAUAUUAUUGACUUGUCUGCACUGACACCAUUUGAUAAGAACUGAACUGAAUUAUGACACACAAUGUUUUAUAUAUGAAGAGUUUAUUUGCAAAAACAGAUAACUGUUUUUUGUUAUGUUUUUGUUUUGUGUUAGUUAGCUAGUAUUUAUUAGUUAUUCUUUACCUAAUCAAAAUAACCUGAAUAGGCCUAUUUCACAAUAUGGCGACCAACAGCGGAAGUAGGGAAGCGGUACGUCCGGUCGCACCUCAGCCCGCUACAAUCGCUAUUCAUUAUUUAAAUGCUCUAGGAAUAGUAGUUUUCUCGCCGUCAUUACAUUAAUUUAUUUUCUUAUAAAGUAAGAAUAGCCAAUGGUGUCCGUUUUGUGGACCGUUUUUAAG